AUGAAAGAUGAACGCAUGAUCCCCGUGUCUCUCCUCCUAUUGUUUAUGCUGAUAAGGGUCUGUAGAGGAGCGAUUACAGGAGAAGUGUUAACAUCAGAGAUAGAAGGAUGGGUGAAACGUGCUGGCCAUUGCCAAGGAAAUGACAUUGAUAAUAUAGCCGGUAUAUCAGUAGAGAAGUGUGCUGAACAAUGUAAAGCACAUCCAUCUUGUGCUUUAUUCACUUAUUACGCAGCGACAAAUCACUGUUUCAAGAAGAACCAUGUAUGUACAAUUUCUGAGAUGGCACCACCAGGAAAUCAUAACUUCAUAUCAUAUCACCUUGAUCCUGAGGCAUGUGAAACUGCAAUGACAGAAGAUAAUCCAACAAUUGAAUUCUCUCCUUCAUCGAUAAAUAUAAGUGACUUGUACUAUGGACCACAACAUGCAUAUAUUGAUGCUACUACAGUUCUUCAUACUACCUUGGGUACUGUUGAGAUAUUUGGAGGUUGGGUGCCUGCUACAAAUGACGCAACUGAAUAUUGGGAGGUCUCCUUUCGUGAAACGACCAUCGUGGAUAAGGUUGUUACGCAGGGAGGCGAAGGUUCCACAAACUGGGUGACUCAGUAUAACGUCAAGCAUAAACCAAGCUCAAGUGAUGAGUGGGUGAGUGUUGGCCCGUAUGAUGCAAACACCAAUGCAGUGGACAAAGUUACACAUCUACUUGUACCAAAAGCCACGACCAAAAUAUACCGUCUUGAAAUCAUAGCAUGGAAUGGUGCGAUUGCAAUGAGAGUGGAGCUGAUUGGGUGUCCUCCAUCAGAGAGCUGUUCCCAGUCAUUGGUCAAAGCUGACCCCGAUGUCGUCCUAACUGCUUCGAGUAACCAAAAUGAUAAUUCAGUUAUAUACGGCCCAUAUCAGUCAAAGAUUGACACAUUAAAAAGAGAAGGCCAGGAGAAAUAUCGCUAUGGUGGAUGGGCUGCUGGAACCAAUGAUCAAAACCAAUGGCUCCAGGCUGAGUUUCCGGAGAGCAAUGUUGUAUCAGAGGUCAUUAUACAGGGACCUAAUAAGGGAACUAAUGAAAGGAUUACAUCAUACAAAGUUUCAUCCAGCAUGGAUGGGGUAAACUGGAUUGAGAGAGGUCGAUUUUCAGAUCAAGAUCCCGAGAAGAUAACUGUAAAUCGAAGAUGCGGACCACCCUACAACAAUCAGGAAUGUGAUGUCUUAAACGAGUAUUGCUGUUCCACUGUGUAUUACUGUGGUAAUUCUCCCCAUUGCUCUAGUAAAAAGCUCAUUGACUAUAGAGAAACAGGUGUAACAGUGAACGGUGACGUGGACAAAAAAUUCUACCACAAGUUCGACAAAAGAUUUCUUGCAAAGUACAUCCGUCUCUAUCCUCUAACAUGGAAUCAAGCUAUCCAAGGCAGAGUAGGUUACCUUGGCUGUAAAUAUAGCGAUCGCAUAAACUUGGAGGAGGAAUAUGCCAACACAUUUCCACCCAUGAUGCUCAACCGUAUCAUCGAUUACGAUUUCAACAACAGCACUUGUAUGAACAUUCCUAACAACGCUGAAGCCCCCGGAUAUCUGAAAUUCUCACCUGAUUUAAACUUGGACUUUGGGUCUGAUACUGAGUUCUAUGUUGUGAUGACAGGUCGAUUAGAAUGUGAAAGCCCAUACCAUUAUGUGUAUUCCGUUGAUAUGGAUGCACCGGCUAGUACAAAUCUUCACACAGGACGGUUUGAAAAAUGCCUGUUGGUUGGUACAGAUUCCCUUCCUGGCAACAAAAACACCUGUAAGUACAUUUGUGGAUGCAAUCCAUGUGGCUACAGUGGUCUUGCAUUUUUCAAUCUCCCGAAAUCAUACGCCUGGACAUUAUGCGAUGUUAAACUGCUACCAUUAGAUAUGGUCUAA